CAGUACAGGGUCAAAGAGAAGGAGCUGUGGAAUGCCUACCACAAGGCAUGGGAGGCAAACCGCCGCUCCAGUGCUGCACGCACAAGCUGCAGGUUCUACAAAGAGCUGGAUAGGAUACUCAGUGGCCACCACACCUCCACUGCAAAGUCCCCUGUGGAUACUUUGUUGGCUCAUGUGCCAGUCGAGAGUGGACCGAGGCAGGAGGAGGCAAUCUUGGAUGAAGGGGGGAGGGGGAACCAGUAGCAGAAGAUGACUCGGAGGCCAGAGAUUCAUGCAGUCAGGAGCUCUUUUCUACUCCGGAGGAGCCUGGCCAGUCACAGCAGUCUGCGCUUCAUCAAGAUUGAACAAGAAAGGAGGCCCCUGGGUCAUGAUGAAGAAGCUGUUGUGGAUAUGGGCAAAACUAGCUCUACUGUGAACACAAACUUUGAGAGAGAAGAACUAGAGAGCCACAGAGCUGUGUACAUUGGUGUACAUGUGCCAUUUGGAAAGGAGGGCCGUCGACGUCAUAGGCAUCGUGGACAUAGGCAUCACAGAAGAAGAAAAGAGAAAGAAACUGAUAGAGAAGAUGGGAGAGAAUCUCCAUCAUACGACACCCCAUCCCAGCGAGUGCAGUUUAUCCUGGGUACUGAGGAUGAUGAUGAAGAACACAUUCCCCAUGAUCUCUUCACUGAAAUGGAUGAACUGUACUUCAAGGAUGGGGAAGAAUAUGAAUGGAAAGAAACUGCCAGGUGGCUAAAAUUUGAAGAAGAUGUUGAAGAUGGCGGUGAUCGAUGGAGCAAACCUUAUGUGGCAACUCUGUCUCUGCACAGUCUCUUUGAAUUGAGAAGUUGUAUUCUAAAUGGAACAGUCAUGUUGGACAUGAGAGCAAACACACUAGAUGAGAUAGCAGAUAUGGUAUUGGACAACAUGAUUGCUUCUGGUCAGCUGGAUGAGUCCAUAAGAGAGCAUGUCAGAGGAGCUCUCCUCAAGAGACACCAUCAUCAGAACGAGAAGAAAUUCAGCAGUCGGAUCCCCCUUGUUCGGUCUUUUGCAGAUAUAGGCAAGAAACAUUCUGACCCUCACUUGCUUGAACGAAAUGGGGAAGGCCUUUCAGCCUCCCGCCACUCUUUGCGAACAGGUCUCUCUGCUUCAAAUAUUUCCCUGAAAGGAGAAAAACGUUUGUCCCUUCUUCUCCAUUACCUUCUUCCUCCUUCAAGAGCUGGAACCCCGGCAGAUUCAAGAUGUACAACCCCACUACCUACCCCUCAAAACACACCACCCUCCAGUCCUAGCAGCGGCCGCCUGGCAACCACAAGUUCCCAGCCGAGUCAGCUUCAGGGCAAGGAACUGCUGGUGUCACCUGCCAGUGAUGAUAUUCCCACAGUAAUAAUCCAUCCACCUGAGGAGGACUUAGAAGUUCAGGAAAAGAAGAGAGAGGAUAAUAUUGACAUACCAGGGCUUCUGGCAUCUCCGCAGUCAGCACCUGGAAAUUUGGAUGCUGGAAAAAGUGGAGAUGUUAAAGGUAAUGGAACAGGAGGAAGCAGAGAAAACAGCACUGUUGAUUUCAGUAAGGUUGAUAUGAACUUCAUGAGGAAAAUUCCCACAGGAGCGGAAGCAUCAAAUGUGUUGGUGGGAGAAGUAGAUUUUUUGGAAAGACCAAUCAUUGCUUUUGUGAGACUGUCCCCUGCUGUGCUUCUUUCAGGUCUCACAGAAGUUCCUGUUCCUACACGGUUCUUGUUUCUGUUACUGGGUCCAGCUGGCAAGGCACCACAGUAUCAUGAAAUCGGAAGAUCAAUAGCAACGCUUAUGACUGAUGAUGUUUUCCAUGAUGUUGCUUAUAAAGCUAAAGACCGUAAUGAUCUGUUAUCAGGAAUAGAUGAAUUUUUAGACCAAGUGACUGUCCUGCCUCCGGGAGAGUGGGAUCCGUCUAUACGCAUUGAACCACCAAAAAGUGUUCCUUCCCAGGAGAAAAGAAAGAUACCUAAAUUUCCAAAUGGAUCUACUUCUACAGGAGAGAUUCUCAAACAGGAGAGCCAUCAUGCUGGACCUGAGCUACGGAGGACUGGAAGGCUUUUUGGUGGUUUGAUACUUGACAUCAAAAGGAAAGCACCUUUUUUCUUGAGUGACUUCAAGGAUGCAUUAAGCCUGCAGUGCCUGGCCUCGAUUCUUUUCCUAUACUGUGCCUGUAUGUCUCCUGUAAUCACUUUUGGAGGGCUCCUGGGAGAAGCUACAGAAGGCAGAAUAAGUGCAAUAGAGUCUCUUUUUGGAGCCUCAUUAACUGGGAUUGCCUAUUCACUGUUUGCUGGGCAACCUCUUACAAUACUGGGGAGCACCGGACCAGUUCUAGUAUUUGAAAAAAUAUUAUUUAAAUUCUGCAAGGAUUAUGGGCUUUCUUAUCUUUCCCUGCGAACCAGCAUUGGUCUGUGGACUUCAUUUUUAUGCAUAGUAUUAGUAGCAACUGAUGCAAGCAGCCUUGUGUGUUACAUCACUCGAUUUACAGAGGAGGCUUUUGCAGCACUCAUUUGCAUCAUAUUUAUCUAUGAAGCAUUGGAAAAGCUUUUUCAUUUGGGAGAACUGUAUGCCUUCAAUAUGCACAAUGACCUAGAUAAACUGACUUUAUAUUCAUGUGUUUGUUCUGAGCCUCAGAACCCUAGCAAUGAAACUUUACAAAUGUGGCUGAAGACCAAUACAUCCGUGGAUACUAUAACAUGGACUAACCUCACAGUUUCUGAAUGCAAAAAGCUUCAUGGUGUGUUUCUUGGAUCAGCUUGUGGUCAUCAUGGCCCGUAUAUUCCAGAUGUUCUGUUUUGGUCCGUGAUAUUAUUCUUUACAACAUUUUUCCUCUCCUCUUUUCUCAAGCAGUUUAAGACCAAACGUUAUUUCCCUACUAAGGUGCGCUCUACAAUCAGUGACUUUGCUGUAUUUCUGACCAUAGUGAUCAUGGUUUUGAUUGACUGGCUUGUUGGAGUUCCUUCUGCUAAACUACAUGUUCCUGAGAAAUUUGAACCCACUCAGAAAGACAGGGGAUGGCUCAUAGAUCCUCUUGGAGGUAAUCCUUGGUGGACACUACUGGUAGCUGCUUUUCCUGCAUUACUCUGUACCAUUCUCAUUUUCAUGGACCAGCAAAUCACAGCAGUAAUCAUAAACAGAAAGGAGCAUAAGUUGAAGAAAGGCUGUGGCUAUCAUCUUGAUCUGCUCAUGGUUGGUGUUAUGCUGGGGAUAUGUUCCAUAAUGGGCUUGCCUUGGUUUGUGGCUGCAACUGUCCUGUCUAUAAGUCACGUCAAUAGCCUAAAAGUAGAAUCUGAAUGCUCUGCCCCAGGAGAGCAACCUAAGUUCUUGGGAAUCCGGGAGCAGCGAGUGACAGGAUUAAUGAUAUUUGUUCUAAUGGGCCUUUCUGUGUUCAUGACCUCUGUUUUGAAGUUUAUUCCUAUGCCAGUUUUGUAUGGUGUCUUUCUUUAUAUGGGAGCAUCUUCACUAAGGGGCAUCCAGUUUUUUGACCGUAUAAAAUUGUUUGGAAUGCCUGCAAAACAUCAACCUGAUUUGAUCUACCUGCGUUAUGUGCCACUCUGGAAGGUCCAUGUCUUCACAGUUGUUCAGCUCACCUGUCUAGUUCUUUUGUGGGUGAUUAAAGCCUCUGCUGCUGCUGUUGUUUUCCCUAUGAUGGUUCUAGCAUUGGUGUUCAUUCGUAAGCUCAUGGACUUAUGUUUCACCAAACGAGAGCUUAGUUGGCUGGAUGACCUUAUGCCAGAAAGUAAGAAGAAGAAAGAAGAUGAUAAAAAGAAAAAGGCAAAAGAGGAGGCAGAGCGAAUGCUUCAAACAGUGGACAGUGAAACUGUACAUCUUCCAUAUGAAAGAGGAAAUGUCUUACAGAUUCCUGUAAAAGCCCUAAAAUACAGCAUUGAUCCCUCAGUUGUAAACAUAUCAGAUGAAAUGGCCAAAACUGCACAAUGGAAGGCUCUUGCCAUGAGUACUGAGAAUGCCAAAGUAACCAGAGCUAACCUGAGCACUGAGAAACCAGAAAGUGUGAAAAUAAGCAUGGAAGAUUCACCUAUAAUGAAGUAUGUGGAUGCUGAAACAUCAUUAUAGAAUGAAAUCAAGGGGAAUCAUGUAUGUGUGUGUUUGUAUGUGUAUAUAUCACUGUAGGAUAUCAUACCAUUGAAUGGUGAUUUCCAUGUUUCUUUAAGAAGUAUCACGUUUGACUCUGCAGUUAUUAGCACUGUAGAUACUAUAUGUGUAUAAUGAAAAGUUCAUAAAGUAAGAUGGGUGGUGAUCACUCCUCAAAUAUUUAUUUUAUUGGAAAUUUUAUUUUCAUUUUUUUAAAUAGGAAGACUGAAAUGAAUGCUUAUUCUUUUUGGUAAUCAAUAUGGGCAUAAAUGUAAAAUCAGCUUUUGCUGAUAAUUAUUGGUCCACAUUACUUAGUAUGUUCUAAUAUGUCUCUGUUGUAACUUCUGCUACAGAAUUUUGUUUUCAGUGCAGGUAAUUACAUUUGAGAUUUUUUUGCAGGGAAAGCACAGAUUAUAUCAGUUUCCAUAGAACAAAUGUUAAUGUGCCAUUACAUAAACUGCAUAUUUGACUUGUCUCCACUAUAUGAUGAUGAUCUUUCUGGAUUCUGUGAUUCAUAUUUCAUGGCAUUGGCCUUUCAAUCAUAAACUGAUACGUGAUGUAGUCCCUAAAAUAUAUAUAAUGCUGUUCCAUCCCCUUUUCCAAAAACAUGUUCUUCAAAUCAUAUUAUAUUACUCAGUAGCAAUACGGGUCCUCUUUAAAUGUAGUUUUAAUCUCAAAUCAGUAUUUGAUAUUUCUGGAAGCUCAAUGUUUAAUGUAAAAUGGAUCUCUAACAGAAAUAAUUUAGUAUGUAUUUAGUUUAGUUGAUAAGUAUUUAUUAGAGCACAUUACAUUAUAGUUUUGAACUCUUGGAGAUAUGUUCUCUUCUCCCUGUGCAUGCAUAACUUCUGUUGACAUUAAUGGAAGAUCCACGUUCUCAGAGAGGAAACUGGAGCCUUUCCAACUUCUCUUGUCCUCAUCAGAAUGUCUUUUUCUUGAAUUAGGCUUUAUUCUUUUUUUAAUUGAUAGUGUUUGAUUAAUUUAUCAUCAGUUGGUUAUAAUUCUGAGAGAGCUUUAUGACCAGUAUUUUAUGGAUUACAAAUUACCUUGGGUUUUGUGUUAACAGUUCUGAUCCUUUCCAUUGUAAAGGGCAUAUUUGGUAGCAUAUUAACCUUAAUUUUUUUAAAACAUUUUUUUAUUUAUUUUAAUUGGUAUGCAUCUUAAUACUGUGUAAAACAAAUUUGAGCAAGUUAAUAUUUGUAUACUAAAUUUGAUUUAUUGGGGCCCUCGGACAUUUAGAUAGUUCACUGAGAAUGCAGUUGAUGUGUUCCAAGUUAUUGUACUGGUAUCUCCAACCCCUGCAAUGUGCAGUGUGAGCAUUUGUAUUUGAGGAAAUGUUAUAGUUUUAUGUAAAGAUCAAAAUCUUGAUCACUUACCUGUUUUCACUGUUGAUGUUUUUUGCCUUAUUCUUCGGUUUUUUUGGUGUUACUUUAUUUUCUCAAAUUAUUUAUCUAAAUUUUGAGCUGCUAACAGCAUUUGCUAGGCCCAUAAUAGUUUUAAGUUCAAACUACAUAUAUUAAAAAUAGAGGGCAUUAUUUUCAAAAGCUCUCACCUUUGGCUUAACUCUGCUCCUGUUGAAGUUAAUGAGAGUUAUUUCCCUUUGAUUUUAUGCUUAAGCUCUCAUUAACUUCAAAGGGAGCAAAAUUAAACUCAGGCAGUUUUUUCCAAAAUACUACUCAAUGCGGUGCUGGCAAUUCGGGGUGAGGAUAAUUUUACAAUAAAACUAAAAAUAGUAAUUGGGCAUGGUGGAAAUAUUGCUACUGGCAUUAAAGUUAUACUGAAAAGUGAAACUUUACAUAGAUUACCAUCUCCUUUAAUUGUAAUCAUGGUAUAGUAAAAUGGUGCUGCUGAGGUUAGGCUGAAUUCCAGGGAAAAAAAGGUUUUUUUGACACAGACAACAAUACAAAGCAGUGUGAGUAAUGCUAUGCAAACUGACAUCACAAUAAUGGUUAAACUCUGAGCAAAAUCAAAUAAGGUCUGCACUAUGAAUUUGACUAAUACUGAGUCAGGCACAGUAUAGGUAUUUGUUCAUUCCUGGGUGUUUGUAUGGCCUGUUUCUGAGCCCUGAACAUAUGCUCCUUCAAGGAACAUGUUUUUCCUCUGGUUGAAAUAAGAUAUGUACUAAAAUUAUGGCUCGCUCUCUCUCUUCCCCCUUCCCCCUCCUCCCCCAUUCUCCUCAAACCUCAGGAAGAAUGAAGUCCAUGUCUGCAAGUCAGCUCUUGACUGUUAAGUAUUUUGUUUCUGAUAUAGUCAAGAAGGAGAAUAAAAAUUCCUCUGCCAGCGUACAUAGCAUUAUGCACAGUGCUUUUUUACUUACUGGUCUUCCUUUAGCAUUUUAUUCUUCCAUGUCCACAGCUGCACAACAGUUUCCAAAGACCCAAACCGUCAUCACAGGUCUUGAGAUUUUUAAUCCUUUAAUGCCAGAAUUCAGGGUUUCAUGACACUGAUUAUUUUGCAUCUGGUUUUCAUUGCCAAAGCGUUAAUAAGUUUUGGCCACUUUACAGGAAGUGGGUAUUUUUCUAUUUAAAGUAAAAAACUGAAAUUCUUUUAGAAUCACAGUAUUCCUUUGAUUCUGUUGAAUAAUGUAAAUAAUUAAUCAGUGCCAGAAAUACCAUGACUUGCAAAGUUGUUUACAUUUUGUUCCAAUGUUCUUGGUUAAUAAUGUGUUAUAUUCUCACUUCUUUUUAACCACUGGAUAACAGAAUCAGACAUGGUAUUACAUGCAUAAAAACCCAGAGGUAACUUAUGUUUAAGUAAUUUACUGCUUAUUUUUUACUUUAUAUAAAUGUUGUUUCCUUCUCUGCAGUCAAAAAAAAAAAAAUCAUGUAUACAGUUAAAGUAAAAUAGUGAAGGACAUAGUUUCCUGUACCCGUGUGUGUGCGCGCACAUACAUAUAUAUGUUCCCUUAAUAGGUGUACAUGAGCAGUGAUAAUUACUGUACACUGAUUUACCUUGGGGUAAAACUUAAAAUUAAGCCAAUAUUUUUCCAGUCUAACAGUGGAAUAAAAUAAACAGCCCUGCACUUUUUAGAUGCCUUGUUUGCCAGGAAUGGAGCUUAAUGCUACUCUGUAUCUGGCUGCAGAGCCACCUCAGGAAAUUUCCUUUUGAUCCUUUUUAAUUUAUUUAUAAAGAUGUAUGUUUACAUAAAUAUAGGUCUUAAUUUUGACCACUCAAUUCAGAUAUCUCCUAAAAGGUCUCAUUUACAAAGCAGUCAUUUUAAAACAUUAACUUCACAAAAACUCAUUUUUAGUAUUUUCCUAUGUAUUGCAAGAAACACAUUCUAAUUCUGUUUUAGAUGUGCCCAUGCUAAUUGUACUUUUCCUCUGUUUUAAUGUAUAUGUUUUUUAAGUAAAAAAUGCAAAAUGUUCCAGGUUGCCAAGUUUAUCAUCACAAAACUUGUAGGACAAAAUUCAGAGCCACUAGUGUGUUUUGGGUUUUUGUUUUUUUCCAGCCAAACGUAUUAACUAUUUCUCAUAUGUUUAACAAAACCUCUCCCAGUAUCUUUCAUUUCAAAUGCAUUUAUCUGUGUAAACAGUAGUUUUCUAACAUUUUCCCUUUGCAAAGGCAGAUUCAAAGUGCUAUCAAAUAUAACUGUAAUAAAUAGGUGCAAUUUAACAGAGCCUGUAGCAUAAUAAAGGGUUAUAUAUUGUAUAUAAAUUCUGUAAAUGAAACUUGAUUGGUUCAUAUUGUUUUAAAUUCACAAAUGUAGAAUUUGUAGGGCAUUAACACAACAUAUUGAUUCUAAUUUGCUUUUGUUUCAUAUGAUUAGUAAUUCAGUGUUUUAAAAUUACUCCUCUAGGUCACAUCCACUAUCUAGCAUAGUACGAGUGUGUGAAGGGUGGCUUGUUUAUAUCAACAUUAAUUUAUUUUAUAGAAAAUGAAUUUAAAACUACGGGCACACAGUUUUGAGUCUAUGAAAAAGUAGUGUUAUAAAUGCAAAACAAAUUUGCCUAGUGAUUUUAAUUAAAAAUGAAUUUUAUUUUGUAACUUUUUUAGUAAAAUUGUCAGCUGUAGGAAAAACUUUUAGUUGGAAUUGAUAUUAACCUAAAGACUUUUUCAUAUUGAAUUUAGUACAUAUUGACAGUUAUUUGGAGUUCUUGGAGUAAGGUAUCAGACAUCCAGGGUUUUUCUAAAUAAAGACAUGGCAUUUAUAACCAUAUUUUUCCCUUUUGUUGUUAUGUGAUUCACAUUGUUUUUCUGUGUCUUCCAAUGUUCAGUACAUUUAACUGAACAAAAUUUUUAAUUUUAGUAUUCAUUAUAUUUGGUCACUUGUGAUGCAAUUACAUACAAUACAGUUCCAGCUUUUUAUGACUGCUUUUCUAAAUAAAACAGUAAUGCUUUUACUUUUAUAAUAAAACCCAAAGCAAGUUAAACAUUAUUCCAAAUGGAGAAACAAUGUUUUACGUUUAUAUAAAGUACACAAUUCUCUGACAUCUCUAAUGUAAAAGAUCCAGCCUUUGUAAUUUGUUUGUGAUUAGAAGAAAGUUAUUUUUUGUAAUGUUUCAAAAAGUUGGCAAAAGCAAUAAAAAUCUAUUGAACUGAA